AUGCGCUCCUCGACAGGUGCUGGCCGCAGCGGCAUCAGCACGGCGUUCGUCAUCCUCGUGGUGGUGGCGCUGCUGGCUCUAACACUGCUAGCUGCACCAGUAACAGCCAUGGGUGUCGUCGCCUUCGACUACGGCACGGAAUGGAUGAAGGUAUCGCUCGUCAAGCCCGGUCUUCCAUUCGACGUCGUCCUCGACCGCGAUUCCAAACGCAAGAUCCAGUCGGCCGUCUCUUUCAAAAAGUGGGGUCUCGACGAAGAAAUUCUCUUUGGCACCAAUGCCUAUAAUCACGCCACCCGUGAACCCAAACAGUCGUUCUACGGCCUCAAGACGCUCCUCGGCCGCACCACGGCCGAAGAGGACAAGGAAUACGUCGAUCUGUACAAGUCGAUUCUCGGCAACGAUGUGGUCAGCUCCGACCGCGGCACCUGCUCUUUGAAGAGGCCUUACGAGGCUGAUCCCAAAUUUUCGUCGCUGCCCGUCUUGACGGUGGAAGAGCUCGUUGGAAUGCAGUUGGAAUACGCAAAGAAGCUCGCAGAAGAGACGGCGGGCGAACGCAUCAACCCUUCCUUGCCCUCUGGGUUCAACAUCGGCUCCUACGGUGGACUGGACGCCGUUGUGACCGUUCCCGCCUUUUUCAACGCACAGGAGCGACAGGCCAUCGUCGACUCGGCUACCCUCGCAGGUUUCCGCCCGAGACUUGUAUCGGACGGUGCGGCAGCUGCGGUCAACUAUGCCCAGACGCGCACGUUCGGCCAGCCCGAGAAGCACCUUUUCUUCGAUGUCGGUUCCGGAUCGGUGCGCGCUACUGUCGUCGAGUUCAGCACCAAGCCCGUGGUGAUCGACUCGAUCCUGUCCGUGGGCAAGGCGCAGAAGGAGGCCACCAUCGUCGACGUCAAGGGCGUCGGCUGGGAACGCAACGUCGGUGGACUCAAGUUUGAUCUCAUCCUGAGGGACAAGCUGGCGGCCGAAUUCGAUGCCAAGCACGGCAAGCAGAUUGGCGGUUCGAUCCGCGACAACCACCGCGCCAUGGCCAGGCUGCUCAAGGAGGCCAACCGCGUCAAGCACAUCCUCAGACUUUGA